AUGGACAAAGGAAAUAUGGGUGCGCUGGAGAGGAUUCACCUUAGCCGGGUAUCACAAUGGAUGAGCCGCUUCUGUUUCAUUCACCCGGAGACCAAUUAGCCCACCUUAAUGAGGUGCUGGGAUGCAAGAUACUGCAAGCUAAAAAGGCGGAAGGUUGCGUUUAAUCCGUCUGCGGAUCCUAUGAGCUUGCAAUGGCUGUGGCGGGGAUAUGCAACUGGAUAGGGAAUAAUGUGCCUUUUUAUUUUGUGAUAUUUUCCUUAUUUUGUGGCCUUUCGUUUGGACAGUUGCGAUAUUCUAUUACAGAAGAGCGAGAAAAUGGGGCACUGGUCGGCGAUCUGGCGCAUGACUUGGGGCUGGAUAUUCGAAAGCUCGCCACCCGAAAAAUCAAGGUAACCUCCAAUAGCGGUAAACGCUACGUGAUUGUCAACCCCAAAAAUGGGAAAUUACUUGUCAAUGAAAGGAUCGACAGGGAGGCACUGUGCGAUUUAUCCAGCUCCUGCCUCAUUAAUCUGGAGGUGCUGGUCGAAAACCCCACUGAGGUGCACCAUGUCGAGGUGGAGGUUGUGGAUGCCAAUGAUAAUGCGCCGCAGUUCCCCAGAGACGAGUACCAACUGGAAAUCACAGAGUCUGCUUUACCAGGGUCUCGUUACCCGAUUGAAAACGCUCAAGAUCCGGACAUUGGGUCCAAUUCAGUUCGUAUGUAUCAGCUGAGCACAAACGACCAUUUCGCGCUGGUGUCUAACAAACCCUCCCUCAACACAAAGCACAUCGAGCUUGUGCUCAAAAAGCCCCUUGAUCGUGAACAGACGCCUUACCACCAAUUAAUUCUAAGUGCUGUGGAUGGUGGGACUCCGGAGAAAACAGGCACGGCUAAAAUCAAUGUCCGGGUUCUGGACUCAAAUGACAAUAUCCCCACAUUCGACAGCUCCGUGUACAAGGUGAAGCUGCUGGAAAAUUCGCCCAAAGACACCCUGGUAAUUAAACUGAAUGCAACUGAUCUGGAUGAGGGCACAAACGGAGAGGUUUAUUACUCCUUCAGCAGCUACACUCCAGAGAGAGUGCGGCAGAUGUUCAGCAUGGACACCAAUACAGGAGAAAUUAGAGUGAGGAGCAAUGUGGACUACGAAGAGACCAACUCCUAUGAGAUGUACAUCCAGGCAAUGGACAAGGGCCCUGGGGCCGUGGCGUCUCACUGCAAGGUGGUGGCAGAGGUGGUGGAUGUGAAUGACAACGUCCCUCAGAUCGUGCUGUCGUCGCUUUCGAGCCCCGUGAGGGAGGACGCCCGUGCAGACACAGUCGUGGCCCUCAUCAGUGUCACCGAUCGAGACUCUGGCGCCAACAAGCAGGUGAGCCUGGAGAUCCCAGCAGGCCUUCCUUUCAAGAUCAAGUCAUUCAGAAAUUACUACACUCUGGUUACCUCAGCCUUCCUGGACCGCGAGACCACCGAUGCCUACAAUGUCACUCUGAGUGCCACAGAUGGAGGAAACCCUCCCCUUUCCUCCCAGAAGACCAUACAGGUGGAUGUGGCUGACGUUAAUGACAACCCGCCGCGGUUUGAGCAGACUUCAUAUACCGUCUAUGUGGCUGAGAAUAAUGCCCCCGGGGCCUCUUUGUGUACUGUGAAAGCUCAAGACGCAGACAUCAAAGAGAACGCACGCAUCACCUACACCGUGCUCAAUGACAACAACCAUGGCAUCCCUGUCACCUCGUAUGUGUCUGUGAAGGCUGAUACAGGGGAGGCUUAUGCCCUGCGAGCCUUUGACUAUGAGUCACUGAGAGAGUUUCACUUCCAGGUCAAAGCCCAAGAUGGGGGCAUUCCUCCGCUCAGCCGCGUUGCCACCGUCUACAUCUACAUAAUGGAUCAGAACGACCAUUCACCGCUGAUAGUCAACCCUCCCGGCAAUGGCACGCGCUCCUUGGAAACGGUGCAAAAGAAUGCAGAGCCUGGUGCCUUGGUGACCAAAGUAGCGGCAUAUGAUGCAGAUGCCGGCCCGAAUGCCUGGCUGAUCUACGUGCUGGAGACGGCCACCGACCUGGACUUGUUCAAGGUGCACGAGCACACCGGCGAGAUCAGGACCACUCGCAGGAUUCUGGAGGACAACUUCACCUCCUUCGCUCUAACCGUCGUAGUGAAGGACCACGGACAGCCCGCUCUCUCCUCCACCGCCACCAUCAAUGUGGCCGUCAUGGAGGUGCCACCCAAAGUGGCUCCUGAUCCCAAGAGGAUCAUCCGACCUCACAGCACGCUGCUUUUCUCCAACGUGACCCUCUACCUGAUCGUGGCCUUGAGCGCCACCACUUUUGUUUUCCUGGUCACUGUGGUGGUGCUGGCCAUCGUCCGCUGCCACGCCUACUGCACCCAGCCUGGCUCCUGCUCCCCUUGCUGCGUGUCACAGAAGCCCCCUCCAGAUGGUGGGAGCAGCAGCGUAAGUGCUGGCGGGGGAGGCGGCGGUGGAGCCGGGGCACAACCUAAUAACAAUGUGGUGCUUCGGAGAGACCUUAAAGUGGAACCUCACUACAUCGAAGUGCGUGGGAAUGGCUCCCUAACAAAGACUUACUGCUACAAGACUUGCCUGACAGCCACCUCUGGCAGUGACACUUUCAUGUUCUACAACACGGGACGUCCCAUCAGCGGCACCUGGGGCAGCGGUGCCGACCGCUUCUUCACCAGCGGAAGUGGAUUUGUACGCAGACUUAGCAUGCCUGAUGCCUCGCUGCAGAUCUGCCCAGAGCCAAAAGCCCCAAAUGCUGACUGGCGAUAUUCUGCAUCUUUGAGGGCAGGGGUGCAAAGUUCCGUCCACAUGGAGGAGUCCUCUGUGAUGCAGGGAGCACAGGGGAUGCUGGUCCAGAACUGGCCCACUGUGUCCAGCGCUGCAGAUGGAGAGGGUGGUGGAGAGCUAUCACCCCCAGUGGGCGCUGGAGUCAACAGCAACAGCUGGCACUUCAGAUACGGUGCCGCACAAGGCUACGGCCCUCCUCAGCCCCUGAAGCCUGGAGAGAUUCCUCCCGAAGCCUUCAUCAUCCCCGGAUCCCCAGCCAUCAUUUCUAUCCGCCAUGACGCCGGCCCUGUGGAUGACAAAGGUGACUUCAUAAGCUUUGGCAAGAAGGAGGAGGCCAAGAAGAAGAAAAAGAAGAAGAAGGACAAGAAGGACAAGAAGGAUAAAGGAAAGGACGAUGGGGGGGACGAAUAGAGGAGAAGGGUGAUUUGAAAGCAGAGCUACCAACAAGCUACCAUCCCAAUCACAGAGCCAGAAAAAAAGCCAAAUGCUUAUUGAACCGAGGGAGCCUCCUUGCAUCGUAUUUGCAUAGACAUUGUACAGCGGCCAAACUCUCAUUAGACCAGGCCUGGCUCCCCACACCAUGUGAACUUGCUAAACAAAUGUUUCUCUCUUUGUCUUGGCUCAUUUGGCCCAUAACUUUGGCCUAUGAAAGUCCAAGGUUUAUGGUAAACGAAUAUUCUAUAGACAGACUUCAUCUAAAGGCUGGACCAAAUUAAACUGAAAGGAUUUUAUUGGAUUUGAUUAAUCUCCCCUCCCCCCUGCCCCUCUCCCAGUUUGUAUAAUGAAAACAAAAACACCUGAAAGGGUGUACUGUUUGUAUCUGACCAUUGUCAGCUGAGGCUGCCCAUGUUGGAAUCUCUGUCUUUAUGCAGCCCUCUUCCUUUUUGGCUCACCCAGUUGGAGGUGAAGUGAAAGCCAACCUUUAAAAAAAUGAAACAGAGGCUUUUGUCUUCAGUACUAUGGAGGCCUUGUAGAAAUUCAGAAAAUGUGGUCUUUUGUAAAAAAAAAAAUGAAAAAUGAAAAAGUAACAACAUACAAUAUCUGUACAAUGAGAUUAGCACCUUUAAGAAUGAGGUUGCUGAGACAAGCAGGACCACACUCGAUAAAUAGCUCUGUUUCAGUGUAACAUAGCACAUUGCAGAGGCUGAGGACCUGGACUGGGUUGCACCAACUAUGCGCAAGUUUGUUCCCAGGUUAGGGUAUAAAGUAGUGGCUCCAUGACUGCGAGUUAAUUUGCAAUUAGCAAGUUCCUAAAUUCAAUCGUACCGUAGGUAGUAAGGGGGGAAAUUCGACGGCUGUAGCUAGUUAAGAUUUCAGAUGAGUAGCCAGUCAGUGCCAUGCUGAUGACAAACCACAUGGAUUUGUAGUUGACUAGCUUGCCAUAAAAAUUACGAUUGGUAAACAGAAUCGAUAUUCGACUCUUAAAAGGACAACACUAGUUUUUGCAUGUUUUAGUCCAUUCUCUACAAGUCGUACGUCACAGACCACUGUGCUUUGGGAAUUUUUGAAGUAUUUUUCCCAUCUUUCAGGCAGGGAUUGUUUGUACACAAAAAUAGACGAGCUGAGACUCAAAACGUUUUCCGUCCACAUUAAGAAAUCCAUCAAAGCGUUGCUGAAGUCACAUUUUCAUCGCACGGUCGUGUAGCCGAAGUGCAGAUUCAUCUGACAACUGCACUGCGUUGUCACAGCAAGGCGAACACAUGAUGGAUUACGUACGUCAAGCAAGUCUCAGAAUGUUGAUUUUAAUAUUAUUUGCAAUUGGACGUGAACCAGAUUCUGCCUGAAAGAGACACUGAAAAAUCUAAAAACUCAACUGCAAAAUAUUGAUGAGUAGAAAAUGGGAGGAAACAUCGAAAAUCACUGCUGCGGUCCUUUAAGUUACAAAAUGGCAUGGAAUUAUUAAAGACAAAAAAAUAUGCUGUGUACAAAAAAAAAAAAGAAAAAAUCCUGCUUUACUGUUAGUGAGUGCAAUUGUGUGACUUUGUAUCAUUUGCACCUGCUUUAUUGCUUGCUUAACUAUUUAGUUGUUACUUAAGGUUACGUAGCAGAUUUUUGUGGUACUACCGCUUGUGUUUUAGCAAUGCGUGAAUCGGGAUUAGCGGCUACUUCGGAUAUAACAAGGGAACCUACGUGCAGCUGAUGCAACCGGCCCCUGACCUUGCCUCUUCUCUUGGAGUAAGGCGCAGGUCACUGGGGUCUUAAUCCCGCCCAGUCUGACACACACAUUAUUGUACACUGGCUCUCUCUGCCUCUUACUCACACAUACACAGAAGCAAACACACACACUCUCUCUCUAUUGAUCUCUUAUACACAGACAUACAGUACAUGCGUACACACAUAAUAUACUAAAAAAAACAAACCACACACCCCUCUCUGGAAAUUCCAAGACUGAAGGCCAGCGCCGUCCUUAAUAUGGGAGUGUAUUAUAUGGCUGGGACGCAGGAACGUUGCUUGUCGCUUCAUUUCUGUUCAAGCCUGAUCCCUCUACUUCUGUCUUUGAAUGUUAAGUAGUUGUUCUUCAAGCCCUGCACCACUGCCUCGACUGCUUCAGUGCUUGUAGGAUUUGCUUGCCCGCUGCCUGUUUCCUCCCUCUACUCCCGUUUCUUCAAAUCAACAUGGUUGGACGACAUCUUUCAAGUCACUCUCCUUCAAUGAACUGUGCCGUUGUAACACAGUAACAUUUGUGUAUUUGCUUAUUUACACACGGAAUACAAGACAGAGACACAUGCACAUGCACUACACACACACACACACACACACCCAACACACACGCAUAUUUUGUUAGGUUCGGCUUCAUCUGAGCUCAGGCGCUCCAGCCAGAGUGUCUCCUCCGAUGGCUCACUGUUGACAGCUCUGUCAUCUCUCGCAUUGGUUCCACGCGUUGCAACGCGAGGGCGUCUGAUAGGUUAGCAAAAACUGAGAUCACGCUGUCCUGGAUGUAAUGAGACGAGAUGGCGAGGCAAAAGAAGAGCUGAAAAAGCCGCAGUCGUUGUAGUGCAUUGUGUAGAUAAAGAGACUGCUGCAGAGUUAAUUGGGCAGCGUGAGCGCGAGCAGAAGUAUUGCAGUUUUUCCUGUGUGUCAGCCAUCAGUGACGGCUGAUCAGCUGGGUGCAGCUAAAACCACUUACAAAAUAAGUGAAGCACAGUUCAGCAGCAGUGGAAAGAGGUUGGUGGUUGACUUGGAGAGGAGGGGGUGGGGGAUCCCACUUAGGGAUUAAUGGAGGUGAAGCACACUGUUGACGUUGUUUUUUGUGCACCAAGGAGAGGUAACGACAUGAUAGACGCUGAAACAAGGGGAGUUGACACCAGCAAGCAAGCAAAAUUAGACACUUAGACACACCAAGUGCUGCUGGGAGAAACUUACAAACUGCAGUGACCCAAGUGUGAACUGUGCGAAGUGAUGGACUGAAACGCAGGUCUAGCACGGUGGAGGAAAGGCAUUGCGAGCAGUAGAUAUCGAAAUAGCAUUAACAUGAUGAAGAUCAUCAAAUCUCACCUCGGUGUUCCUUUUUAGACCAUCGUCUUACCAGUCACAGUAGGGGUAUAUAGGUGCUGCUAUCAGGCUCAAUCCCUCCCAUGCACACGUUUCCUUCCCCCCCUGCCCCGUCCUUCAGGUGUACUUCUGUGCUGUCAGAUCACCAAGUGGCUGUUUGCAUGUUAUAAGCAAAGGAAACAGAUACUAUAUAGAUACUAUAUAUACAUAGAUAUGUUUUUUCCACUGGGAAAUGCGUAUUGGAAUACAUAUACCUCUGAUACACAUUCUCAAAGACAAUACACACACGCUGAAAGAUCCACACAUCCACACAGACACAUACAUACACAUACAUACACACAUAUACGCUAUUGCGAACAGUAACGUGGAAAAACCUAAAAGAAUCACAUUUUUUAUCCUGUCGAAAAAUGAAUUUAAUCUUCUAGAUAUACAUAAUGCUAUUGUGUUAUGCUACGAGAUGCUUUUUCUUUCUGUUUUUACCCUCAUGAUUUUCAUAGAUAAGAAAAUCGAUCCUUAAAGUUGUGUUAAGCUUCGAAAUGAUGAUCAAACGAACACUAUUGUGAAAUCAACCCAUUUACUCACCCUCCAUAUCUAUCCCCCGCCCAGUAGAGACAAAAAGAAAAAGAAGGAAAAAAAAAAUAAAAGACAUAGAAAAGGUAUAAAAAAAAUUAAAGUUGAUGUAUUCUCUGCUUGUGUAUAGUGAAUGUUCCUCAGUCACUGGAUGUGGCAGUGAGUGGCACAUACCAGUGCACUGUGACAGUGCAGAUCUGUUAAUAACUUUUUUUGUACACCUGCUUCAUCAUUGUAAAGGUGAUAAUAGUGAUUCUUAUGAUUUCAUCAAUCUGGUAAUGUGUUUUGUUAAUAAGUCACAAAUAAAGUUUU